AUGGAGUCUGAAGAGCUCCACAAGCGCAUGAAGGCGCUCCAUCAGGGAGAGAAGCAAAACGAUACCUACAAGGGCUACAACCACGACCUCUUCCGCAACCGCGUCCGCUACGAGUCCGUAUCCCACGGCCCGUGCCCGCGCGCCUCCUUCCUCUUAACCGUCACAGAACCCUUCUGCAACAAGGUCGGCGCGCUCCACGGCGGCUGUGCCACCACCUUAAUAGAUGUGACCUCGACCGGGCUGCUGAUCGCGCUCUCCAAACCGGGCCAUUUCUCCCUGGGAGGCGUCACGCGAACGCUAAAUGUGAAGUUCGUGCGGCCCGCGCCGAUGGGGGUGGAGGUGAGGAUUGUGAAUGAGCUGGUGCAUGCGGGGAAGCGGCUGGCGUUGGUUAGGUCGGAGAUUAGCAGGGUGGAUACUGGGGAGGUUUGUGUUAUUGGGGAACAUGAUAAGGUUAAUACGGAUCCGGAGGCGGGGAGCUUAUGA